AUGCCUUGGUUACCAGCUCAGUCUGGGCCAUUAUCCUCGGAACUCGUUGAGUUGAUCCAGAAGCGUAACCUGCCUAAAGGGAAGGCCUUGCACGCUCGGCUCAUCAGAAACGGUCAAGCUUCGUAUUGCUUAUAUAUAGCCAAUUGUCUCGUCAACCUCUACGCUAAGUGUGGGGACUUGCUCAAAGCUAGACUCGUCUUCGACCACAUUCCAUGCAGAGACGUCGUUUCAUGGAAUUGCCUCAUCAAUGGCUGUUCCCAACUGGGUCCGUCGUCAUCUGGGGUGGUGAUGGAGCUUUUGAAGCGGAUGAUGGGGGAGAAUGUCUUGCCCAAUGCACACACUUUCGCUGGAGUUUUCGCCGCAGGUUCGGGCGUUUUGGAUGUUACAGGUGGCCGGCAGGCUCAAGCAGUUGCCUUUAAGACCGGGUGUUUUGGGGAUGUGUUCGUUGGUAGUUCGCUUUUGAAUUUGUAUUGUAAAGCGAGUAUUGUUUCGGAUGCCCGCAAGGUGUUUGAUGGAAUGGUUGAGAGAAAUUUGGUGUCUUGUGCUACUAUGAUUUCUGGGUAUGCAUCCCAAAGGCUGGCCAAAGAGGCUUUGGAGCUUUUUGGGUUGGUGCGGAUGGAGGAAGAUGGCGUUGGGAAUGAGUUUAUUUUCACUAGUGUUCUUAGUGCAUUGACAGUUUCUGAGCUCUUGGGUACUGGUAAGCAAAUUCAUUGUCUUGCUCUGAAAUAUGGGUUGUUGUCUUUUGUUGCUGUGGGAAAUGCUCUUGUUACUAUGUAUUCGAAAUGUGGGAGUUCAGAUAAUGCACUUCAAAUGUUUACACUUUUUGAUGACAAGAACUCCAUCACAUGGUCAGCAAUGGUCACUGGCCUUGCACAAAGUGGGGACUUUCAAAAGGCUUUGAAGCUGUUUUCUAGUAUGCAUUUUGCUGGGAUUAGUCCUAGUGAGUUUACCUUUGUUGGGGUGAUUAAUGCUUGUAGUGAUCUUAGUGCAAUUGAAGAAGGGAAACAAAUCCAUUGCUAUUCGCUCAAGCUGGGUUUUGAGUCCCAGAUGUAUGUGAUGACGGCUUUGGUAGACAUGUAUGCCAAAUGUGCUAGCAUUAGUGAUGCUCGAAAGGGAUUUGAUUAUUUACAAGAACCUGAUAUUGUUCUCUGGACUUCUAUGAUUGGAGGGUACGUAACUAAUGGUGAUAAUGAAGCUGCUUUGAGUUUGUACUGUAGAAUGCAGAUGGGGGGCAUUAUGCCCAAUGAACUAACUAUGGCGAGUGUUCUCAAAGCAUGCUCAAGCUUAGCUGCUUUGGAACAAGGAAAGCAAAUCCACGGCCAGACCAUUAAGUACGGACUUGGUCUUGAAAUUCCAGUAGGGAGUGCUCUUUCUACCAUGUAUGCAAAGUGUGGAAGUUUUGAAGAUGGUAACAAGGUCUUUAGAAGGAUGCUUACAAAAGAUAUCAUAUCUUGGAAUGCAAUGAUAUCUGGGCUUUCUCACAAUGGCCAUGGUAAUGAAGCUCUUCAACUCUUUGAAGAGAUGCUAUGUGAAAGCGCAAAACCAGACUCUAUCACAUUUGUGAAUGUGCUCUCAGCUUGCAGCCACAUGGGGUUGGUGGACAGGGGCUGGUCUUACUUCAACAUGAUGUCCAACAAAUUUGGCAUAGAGCCGAAGGUAGAGCACUAUGCUUGUAUGGUCGACAUCAUGAGCCGUGCUGGGAAACUAAAAGAAGCCAAAGAGUUUAUAGAGUCAGCCACAAUCGAUCACGGUAUGUGUUUGUGGCGAAUUUUGCUCAGCGCUUGUCGAAAUUAUCGAGAUUUUGAGCGUGGAGCCUAUGCUGGAGAGAAGCUAAUGGAGUUAGGAUCACAAGAAUCGUCAGCUUAUGUUCUAUUGUCGAGUAUCUACGCUUCUUUGGGUAGAAAAGAAGAUGUUGAACGCGUUCGAAGGUUGAUGAAAAUGCGAGGUGUUAGUAAGGAGCCUGGCUGCAGCUGGAUUGAGUUGAAGAGUAGAGUUCAUGUGUUUGUUGUUGGCGAUGAGUUGCAUCCACAGAUUGGAGUUAUACGUGCGGAGAUACGAAGGCUAUGGAAGCACAUUAUGGAUGAAGGCUGUCUCCCUACAUCUGAACUAGCUUCUGCAUAUUCUUUUGCCCUUUAAGUGAUGAAGUUUAUGAGUGGGAGUAUACAUUGAUUUAUUCCUUCUUAUUUUGGCUAACAAUUUUUACUGAAUGCAAUCUGAGAAAAGAAAAAAAAUGAUUGAAUGCAAAUAUAAGAGAAUUUUUCUUUUUUGAAACCACC